GGUCACUGACGUAAGACCUGCUAAUCAAAAUAUAUAAAUGUAAAAUAAUAAUAGAGUAAUAGAUAAUGGACAUCAACGAAUCAAUUUUCAAAGAUGACGUCGGAAAUUUCAUAUUCAGUCUUAAAAAGUUAUUGCCCAAGAGGAAGGAUGGUUUUAUCUUCGAAUUUCAUAAGCCGACAUUGACAAGGCUGAGUGAUGUCCAUUUGGAGGCGAAGAAUGUCUUCCCAAAGUGCUUUAUUGGCGCAAAACUGGUCGUUCUCAGAGAGAUAAUGGACAAGGUGAAGUUAAUGCAGAACUACAGUUACGGCAAAACGAAGGAAUCCUACAAAUGCUACUCUCAUCUUCUGUAUAAGGAAACUGACGCAAAAAACAUUGAUGAUGGAUUACUGAUCGACUCCACAGGAUCUGCGAUAGCUACGUAUAAAGAGACGAUUGAUGACAUUGAAAUGCGUUUGACGUCGAAAAUAAAGGACAUCGUGUCGUCAGAAACUGAGAUAGUUUUUGAGAAGGACAGCGAAAAGUCUAUAAGUUCUAUAUCCUGUUCCAUGAAGGAUGUUGAUCCGAUAACGCUGAGCCUGGUGACGCAGUGGAUGUACAAAGUUAGGCCGGAGUUGAGUGUUGGCAGCGAAUUCGGCAUAAGACCUCUGGCAUAUCCUAUAUCACCGCAGUUGUCGUUCAGUGCUCGAUAUGAACGCCCGUCCUUCACGCUUACAUCAACUCUCAGCAAGGUCGGUUUCCAAGUGUGCCUAUUCAAGAAGUUCUCCCCAGGUUUACGAAUAGCGACUAUAUUUAAUGAGGGUGAUAAAGGCGGGCCCGCUUCCGUCGGAUUGGCGUUGCAUAAAAGCUACGAAAAUGGGUCGGAGUUGAAAAUAUUCGUGGACUCGCAACGGUGCGGAGGUUUCACUUACGAGAGGGACGUUUUAUUCCAGGAGCCACAUAACGAAGUUCGGGUUAUCCGGUUGAUGGGAAGCACCCUCAUUGACCGACAAAGACGGGUGCGAUUUGGUUUCGGCUUCCAUCUAGAUUUUUGAACUGUAAUAAAAUUUACUGAUUUACGCACAAUAGUGUGGCCACAUAUUUUUGUAGUAAUAUUUGUUUGUAUAUAAGUAUACAUAGG